ACCCCAACUCUCAACUCUUUUUAGUCCUCGAAAUAAAAUCCAAGAACAAAAUCCAAGAGUAUAUAAGUCUUGUUACCUACUACCGCGGUCGAGUUAGAAGAUUAGCAGCAACUACUCCGUACUAAUGCGAUCCUCUUUACUACCUCGAAGACCGCUGCGGCGUGUCUGCGACGCCUGCAGACAGCAGCAGAGCCGCCAUGCAACUUCAACAAUAAUCAAUAAUGCCGCUCCCGUCAGCUCCGCCAUAUCAAACAGGAGUUUCUCUUCUCGCCAACUCACCACAAUAAGACCGACCCCAUGCAGAACACACAUCAGCAACAGCAACAGCAAUAGCCUAAGUCUUCAAACAAGACGACACUUAUCAAGCAGCGCGGCAUCCUCACCCCGCGAACAAGAAGCAUCAGCAACAGCAGAACAGGAAACCCCCAAGCCGGCCAGCACGGAACGAGAAGACGGAAAGAAGCUAAUAUCGCACUACGACCUCUUCCCGCAGACCCUGCCCCAAGGCCCCCCGCCAAAAGGCCGCUUCGCAAUCGACGUGCGCGCGCUCCGCCGCGAAUUCCUCACCCUGCAAUCAACCGCGCACCCGGACCUAGCACCACCCGGCGCAUCAUCCAAGCGGCGCGCGGAAGCCGCCUCGGCACGCAUCAACGACGCGUACCGAACGCUCGCGGACCCGCUCUCGCGGGCGCAAUACCUGCUGCGGCAGCGGUGGGGCAUCGACGCGGCGGGCGAAGAGACGGGGCGGGUCGAGGACCCGGAGCUGCUGAUGCUGGUGCUGGAGACGCGGGAGGCGAUCGAGGAGGCGGGGUCCGAGGAGGACUUGGAGCCGGUGAGGGCGGAGAACGAGGCUAGGAUACGGGAGAGCGAGGAUAGGCUCGCUAGGGCGUUUGAGGAGGACGAUGGGGAGAGGGCGAGGCGGGAGGUUACUAGGCUGAGGUAUUGGGUUAAUAUUAGGGAUGCGGUUCAUAAUUGGGAGGAGGGGAAGCCGGUUGUGCUGCAGCAUUGAUGUACUUGGGUGGGUUAGGUUAGGCAUUUGGUGGGAUGGAUAGAUAGAUAGAUAGAUAUUUGGUUGUGGAGGUUGAGGAGGGUAGUUUGAUGAUUUGUACUGUUUCAAGAGAAGGGGGCUUUUCGAUGAGGGUUUCUUUGCAGCGUAAGAAGCAUCGUGGGUGUAUUCAGACGGUUCUAGGGAUGGUUCUUAACGUAAACUACCUAGGUACUGAUAGACUUAGCCGGAAUUGCAUUCAGGGGUAUUAGAUGGCUAUGACAGCCCAGGUCAGGUAGACAGGUCACUAAAAGAAAAACUUCUCUCCGUA